UCAAAUGUCACUAUAACAUGAGGACUUAAUCGCCUGGUGGAGUUUGCAGACCCUGAAGCCUGUCCCAUUCGGCAGAAAGCUCCUCGAGUCUCUCAGCUUCCCCCUCUCAGGAAUCAACUGCCAACAUGUCUGACACUGAAGAAGUGGAGCAAGUAGAGGAGGAAUAUGAAGAAGAAGAAGAAGCACAAGAAGAAGAAGUUCAAGAGGAAGUUCAUGAGCCAGAAGAAGUCCAUGAAGAAGCUGGAGAAGAAGAAUACUGUGAUGAGAAGAAGCCCAGAGUACCAACGUUGACUGCCCCUAAAAUUCCAGAGGGUGAGAAAGUGGACUUUGAUGACAUCCAAAAGAAGAGGCAGAACAAAGACUUGAUUGAGCUUCAAGCCUUGAUUGAUAACCACUUUGAAGGACGGAAGAAGGAAGAGGAGGAGCUGAUGGCCCUCAAAGAGAGAAUCGAGAAGCGUAGAGCUGAAAGGGCUGACCAGCAAAGAAUCCGGGCUGAGAAGGAAAAGGAGCGUCAGGCCAGACUUGCUGAGGAGAAGGCAAGAAGAGAGGAGGACGAUGCCAAGAGAAGAGCUGAAGAUGAUAUGAAGAAGAAGAAGGCUCUGUCCUCCAUGGGUGCCACAUACAGCAGCUAUUUGGCUAAGGCUGAUCAGAAGAGAGGAAAGAAACAAACUGCUAGGGAACUGAAGAAGAAGAUCCUGGCAGACAGGCGCAAACCUCUAAAUGUUGACCAUCUUAGUGAAGACAAACUGAGAGAUAAAGCCAAGGAAUUGUGGGAUUGGUUAUACAGCCUGGAAACUGAGAAGUAUGAAUAUCUAGAGAAGAUCAAGAGACAAAAAUAUGAUAUCACCACCCUCAGGAACCGAAUUGAUCAGGCCCAGAAACACAGCAAGAAGGCUGGCGCCAAGGGCAAAGUUGGAGGACGCUGGAAGUAAACAUCUGGAAGGUGCCUGCAGGCAGAAUCAUCAGCGGUGGCAUGGCUAAACAUUGCUGGCCUCCCUUUCCCUCGUUAAAAAUGAAUUCCGUUCCCUUGCCUGAGCAAAACCAUAGUUGCAACAUCAGCCUGGAUUGCCUACUGUUUAUUUCAAGGGCUUCUACAUCGUCCAGAACCAUUGACAUGGAAUGGAGAUUACUCCCUGCUGACACCUUUUACUACCUGCUGCGUGUGCCCUUUAUUUUCCUAAUACCAGCCCUACGCUGCCCUGUAGAUUGCAGUGUAUGAAUCACUUGGUUUUGUAAAUAAAGUGUGACCGAUUAUAUACUU